GAAGACUUCCUACCAGAUGCCAGUAAUUGGACACUAUGGACAGAGAGCACAAUAUUGUGCGCAGGCUCGUGGUUGGCGCGUCGAGUGACCAAGUUGAUCAGGCUGUUGGAUGAAAUUCCCAAGGAACAAGAUUUUGAGUGGAACGUCUAUAAAUUCACCCGAUCAAUGAAUCUCUCCCCCAGGCAUGAAGGAGAUUGGUUAGUUGUCAUUCCCUUGGCUGAGGGUGUAACUCUUUCGACUGGAGGUAAAUUGUACAAGGGCUUUGCAGCAGUUGUCGAUGAUCGCUGGGAUUUCAGUUCAGAUGUGCCAAUGAUUUUCUUGAGACCUAAGAUCCUGGUCCAGAGUCCCAUACCACCACGAAGAGAGUGGAUUUCAACACGGCUUAGCGAAAAGGAACGAAAUCUCCGAGAAGAGAUUAAGGCGCUAUUACCUCGGGCUGGCACUUCAUGGGAUCGCAACACACACGAAAUAAACUACUCUAGCGACGAAUUGACCAAGAAGCUGUGCGAGCUGGGAGAUGGCAUAGUACAGGAAACGGUUCUGACCCCCCUUUUAAGCACCUUUUGGAACUACUGGGCUAACCAAAUGACUGAUUGUAAACAAAAGCUGACCUGGACUGUUGGCAAGUUCCCUGUGCCCAAAAGGGUUAUUAACGAAAGGAGUUGGAUGAUUGUCAUCCCUUUACAUGAGAACACAAUCCUGACUCCUAGGGGUAGAUUGGAAGAUGAUGCUUACACCUGGAUCCCCGAUGAGCCAAUUAUGCCUCCAGAUACGCCGGUUAUUUUUUGCCGUUAAUAUGACGGUUAUUCAUACUUUGCAGUAUCUGUCAAAGCAAGGUCGUCAAGCAGGCGGGAUACUCUUGUUCGAGAAAGUCAAGAUUUUGUAUCGAAGAGUUCCUGUUUUGAAAGUUCUUUUAAGAGAUCAAAUUUGAAGUCCUACCUACGACCGCACACAUAGCUAGAGGCGUAGAAAGGGUA